CAAUUCACUUGUAUAUAUUUCCCAAAACCCUGUCUUCUUCCUAAAACCCUUAUUCUCUGUGUGUGCAAACAUGGGUUCCUUCAACAACAACGGCAGCAACUUAGACAACCUACUCCUCCAGAGUCUCAUGGGGAGGCUCCGGCUUCGACCACCCAAUAACCCUUUGUUUUCGCUCUCUCAAUCCCAAUCCCAAUCUCAAUCUCCAUCCCUCGAAGAGCUUCUCUUCGAAUCCGCCAAUUUCUCCGACGAGGACUACGACGAUGACGACAGCUCCAAAACCCAGCUCGCCAAAGAAGAAUCCAAGCUCGAGAAGGAGAUAAUUCGCCUCAUCCUCACCGGAAAGACAGACCAACUCAAGCCCAAUUCAGGCCAGGCCGUCACCAUCGCCGACAACCACGUCUGCGUCGGCUUUCACCAGGAAAAGGACUCCGAGUAUCGGGUGUGGGAGUGGCACGGCCACAUCAUGCUCUUCGAUGAGGAUAACGGCUAUACCCCUGAGUACAUAUACGGGAAUUACUUUGAGAGACUUCAGGGGAAGAAUAAGCGGAAGGAAGAGGGAGAAGAAGUGGAGCCUGAAGAGGAGGAGGAGAAAGUGGUCAAUUUGGGGCUUAGGGAAUUGAUCGACGAUGGUGGGGUUGGUCAGGGUCGAAUCCUUCAUCGGAACAUGAAUGCUGACUCUUCAAGGGUUUAGUUCAGAGGACAGGACUGGAGAGGAGUGAGUGUGAUGAGUAGCUUCAGUUUGCGAAGGGAGCUUUCAGUAGUUUUAUGAGUGGAAAUGUGGAUCCUCAUCUCAACUCAUGUAAUGAUGCACUUUGGGCCAAGUGUUUGGUCAUAAUAUUUUCCCAUUAGUUGCUAUAUGUCAAAGCCAUUUAUUUCUCUUUCAUUGAUUGUUGCAAAGCCAUAAUCAUAAACUUGAAAAAAAAAAAGUUGCUUAAAUGAACUUUGAAUGGAGGGGUUUAACUUUAUAAUAUUUCUUUUGUUUAUGAAAACAGAAUAAAAGUGAAUGAAUUGUGAAAGUGAUUAGAAACCAA